CUUGCUCUUUUCUUUUCGGCGGCGCUGCGUCGAUGACUUCCUGGCCGCCCAAGAUGGCGGCUGCGGCUCCUCUUGCAAGCCUGGCGGGCGGGAAUUCGCUCGGCGCCUCUCGCUGCAGCCGGCAGAGGAGGGGAGCCGCCGCAUGGCCGCUGUUAUUGUGGGGGGCCGCCGCCCUUUCGGCGUUGCUGGGCAGGGUCUCGGCUAUGCUGGAGCCCGAGGAGGGAGCUGGGGAGAGCCCGGUGAGGACGUUGAACGGUUCCAACUGGAGCCUCCUGCUGCAGGGCCAGUGGAUGGUGAAAUUCUAUGCCCCUUGGUGUCCUGCUUGUCAACAGAUGGAAUUGGCAUGGGAGGCAUUUGCAAGAGAUGGCAAAGACCUUGAAAUCUCUGUGGGCAAGGUGGAUGUCACUCAGGAACCAGGUGUAAGUGGUCGUUUCUUUGUCACUACACUUCCCACUAUUUUCCAUGCAAAGGAUGGAGUUUUUCGCAGAUACCGUGGGUCAAGAACACUGGAGGACCUGAAAGGCUAUAUCCUGGAGAGAAAGUGGGAAGCUGUUGAGCCUGUGCCAGGAUGGAAGUCUCCAUCAUCUAUAAUGAUGCAUGGCAUGGCAGGACUCUUCUAUUUAUCUGGAUGGAUCAGGGAAAUCCACAGCUACUUAACAGGCACUCUUGGAAUCCAUGAAUGGGGCUCUUAUGCAAUUUUCAUACUGGCCACUUUAUUGAUUGGUCUUAUCCUAGGAAUGAUACUGGUUUUGCUUGGGGACUGCGUUUUCCCAUCCAAGGCUAAAGCAGAAGGAUCAGAAUCGGUGGACCAAAGCUAUGACCAAGUAGAAGAGCAAAAGGAAACUCCAGAAGACACAGAAGGAGAGCCCGUCACAGAAAACGGCUUGUCUGAUGAGGACAAUGAGGAAGAAGGAGAAGACGAAUCCCAGGACAACUCCUCCGAUGACUCAGCAGUCGAAAGUUCCAUGAUAGAAGAGGACUCAGAGCACCACACUUCAGACCAGAGCUCUGUAAGGCAGCGUAAAAACCAGGAGGUGGCUGACGAACUAUAGUGCAAUCGUUAGGCAACUGUAUUAUUUUGGACCAAAGAAGUAUCAGGAGGCUCUCCUUGACUGCAGCUGAAGCCAAACAUUUGACCAGCAAACUGUUAAAAGCUCAAAUCCAUGCUUUGCACCAGUAGGCUAUUGUUGUUGUUUUGUAGGGCCAGUAUUUUGUCAUUCUGCAAGAGAAAUGUUUCAAUGUUGACGUGAUAGCCAUGACAAUCAAAUGUAUAACUUUAUUUUAUAUCGUGGGAUUCAGGGGAGCUGGUGGAAAGUGUUUGCCUCCGAGUCAUGCCACCGGCAAGGAGAAAUAUGCCCCUGUCCUACCAUACACAGGGCUUUCCUCCAGAGUAAGCCUUUUCCUCCAGCUGAAGAGCCACUGAAGUUGGAGGAAAGCUUGCUGGGCUGGAGGAAGGUGCAUUGGCUCCACAUCACUGCCUGAUAAUGCAAAUUCUUUCAGCAUUACCUGUUGAUGACUUAAUGAUCUCCGGCACAUUCUGUGGUGGGACAAGCCAGUCCGAGAACUGGAAGCAUUGAGUAGAAAUCUUGUCAUGGUUCCUUGGCAGACUUCAAGCAUUUCUGAUUAUUAAGAAGACCACCCUGUGCAGACAUGGCAUCAUGUUUGAAGUGACUUGCCUUAGUAACAUACGAGGCCACCCUUUGUGCCACUUACAUAGUGGGUACAAAAUUCCCCUUGAGAUGCGUUGACUUAAAUCCAUGACAUCUUCUAAAAGUACACACAUGCAUUUCCUGCGGUGCUACUGUGUGUCUCUAUUGCAUGUGUGGGGUAUGGAUUGCCCAAAUGCUUGUCUGUAAGGUGAACGUCUUAUGACGUCAUUUGCUGACUGCAUGUGGGGAGUCUCCAGGUUAUUCCGACGGCUUUGGUCAUGUUAAGUUUUUGAACAUGCGGUCCUUUGCAGUAUCGUGGUGCACCUUUUUAAAAAGAAAAUUUUAUGUCCUGCUGUUGAGCCCUCACGAGGGACAGCAGGGAGGCCUGGGCCACCAAGUAGAAAAUGCCACUCUUUACUUAUAUAUUCCUUAGUUUUUAAAAACUGCUCAUUGAAGUGAUUCCUACACUGCUUAAUCCUAAUGACCAAAAGGCUCAUUUGAUCUCAGCAGGGUUCAAGAAAGCUGUUGUAGCAGUCUGAUGGUUCAUCAUAGAAUGUUUCCUAAUUCAUUCAUGCGCCCCAUGUUAUCCAGUAUAAUAGAGCUAUGUCGUUGUAUCUUAAGCAUGGUGAUAGUUCUUGGCACCUUAAAUAAAUGCUGUUUGCAAAUGCAUUGGUGUGAAAUGAAGCUUACAGUGUAUGAAACAUUAGCACAGAAAGCUAUUUCAAUAUUCCCAUCUAUUUUUGAUAGCAUCAUUAGAUAGCGAGGAGUACAGCUUAUCCAGAGUUGCAAAUUAAUGGCAGAUCAUUGUCAAGACAGUAUUCAUCUGUUGUAGUGGGAGUUGGUUCCACUGUAUAAGCGAUUGACUUAAAGACCCAUCUCUUAAAUGUUAAAGCAAACAUAAUUGUAGUGCUUUGUAUAAUGAACUUCCAGUGGCAGACACUCAACUCCUUAGCAAUUCUGUUCCUUUGCAGCUAGUUACAGUAAUGUUAUAGACUAGGUUUUGUCGCAGUGGUUAUAUGCACUUGACUCCAUAUAAAAAAGCUUGAAACAAGCUAAACUUGCUUGCAUCUUGUCAGUAUUGCUCUGACUUUUGAUAUAAAACAGUUUUCCAUGUAGAGCAAGUACAUGCAAUCAAAUAUGGAGAAUCUUCUUAAUGCAUGUUGUGUUGCAUAAAUAUGGACAUUUGGAUUGGUGAUACUUGAAAGUGUUAACCAGACUUCACAAUUAUAACAGCACAUGAUUGAGAAGUCUAAUUGUUGAGUGCCACGAAUGCUUCAGUUGAAAAUGUUUCACUUCCUAAUUUGGUCCUGAAAUUGCUGAAGCAAAAUGCCUUAAUGCCUUGUGACUGAACUUAUUUUUCAGUUCCAAGGUGGAAGAUUCAAAUCCUACUGUUUGAUCUGUCUGUCUUUCCAGCUGUCUGCUGUCCUUUGUUUUGACAUAUACUGUUUGUUUUAACCUGACAGUUCACAGUUGAACACAGGAUUCACAUCUAAUUAGGGACUGUCCAUGGCUGCAGUCUUUUGUGUGCAUACUUGGAAGUAAGCCCCAUUAAAUUCAGUGGGAUUCAAUUCCAAGACGACUAGUCUGUCACUGUACUGACAUGUUCUAAAAGGAGGAUCUGUGCACUGAACAGUUGUUGAACUUCUCAUAGAUGCAUCUUCAGAACAUUCAUAACAUCUUGGUUGCAUCAUCAGACUGCAACUUUCAGUCAAUCGUGGUUUCAGCUGUGUUUAGUUUCUUGCAAGCACUAGAUGGCAGACAUGUUGCAGAUAUAUAUAGAUUCAUGCAUUAGUGCUUAGCUUAAUGACAGAAGAUGACAGUCAGGCACUCUUAGGGAGAUGAGGGUUGAGUUGGUGUUUAAACGUUACUGAAAAUGGUAAAUGCUGUGGAAAGCAUUGUCAUGUUAUACUGAACUGUUGACCACACAGAAGUUUCCAAAAUUUCUUCAGGGGUUUUACUUGCAAAGCUGCUCAAUUUUUCAAGGUGCCAAGUUUUCAUGGGGCAGGGCCAAGUAAUUUACUUUAGAAACAGAUAGCUUUUAAAAAGUUGGCUUUGGGUAAUGAAGACUUGUCCACUCUAAAGCAAUGGUUGCUGUGUAAUAAAUUACUCUGGAAGAAUACAUUAUAUUUUAUGCUUCUGGUUUAGUCAAAGUGGUUGCUUUAGCUUAUGUAACUUGCAAAAUGGUGAUAUGUUUUAAGUUAAAUAUGCAAAAGAAUUUAUACUAAAAAUGCCGCUAAUGUUAAUUUCCUUGUUAACUAUAAAGUUUUUAUUUAUUUCA